UCGCCAGAGACUGACGAGUCGACGAGACGGAUUUCUGUUGGAGAGUUUGUCCGAAGCUUUUGUCCAACACUCUUUAAGCGCUGGGAGCCCACAUGGUGGUUAAAUAGCGGCCAUUUGCAAACCUUUUGGAGCUCCGCGGGCGACUUUUCAGACGUCGAUGUCCUCAAGUUCGAUCGCACGCUACUUGAACUACCGGAUGGAGGUGUCAUUGGCGUCGACUUUUCCCAUCCGGAAGGAAAGGAAGAUCCCACAACUCCUAUCGUUGUAGUGUUACCUGGUCUCACUGGAGGUGUGUCAAUUUCCUUUCGAUUCUGUUCGCAAGCUUCUUAUGUGAGGAACCUACUCGCUAUUGUGACGGGUCGCCAAUCAGAAGGUGGGUUGGGCUAUCGGGGUGUAGUGGUUAACUCUCGGGGAUGUGAGUGCGGAAACGUCCCAUUACGCACACCUCAAAUGUCGGCAGGCUCACCGGAUGAUCUCUGUUCCAGUUUAUUAUAUAUUGCUUCCAUUUAUCCCAACGCACCAAUCUAUGCGGUUGGUUUCUCACUUGGAGCCACCGUUCUGGCUAAGUACCUCGGGCAAGAAGGGGAGCGUUCUCGAAUAAGAGCAGGAAUCGUUAUUGCUUGCCCAUGGGAUUUGCAGAAGAAUAGUAAUAUAUUGGAAUCCCGAUUUUUCUACCGCCGGGUAUAUUCCCGAGCCCUCGCGAAAUCUUACCUUGCCCUUCUCGACCGUUCUAUUGGUAUCAAUCCUCCUUCCUUUGUUGUUCCCGAUUCCCACUACCUAAAUCCGCACCUUUCAAUCAUUCGCACCAUCAAGCAGCCCACUUUCACCCAAGUUAACACCCACCUGACAUCUAUCAUUGGCGGUGCUCCCCCCGUCUUUCCGCAUGCAAGAGUGGAAGACUUUUACAAGUGGGCAAGUUGUGCGGAGGAUGUGCUGAAUGUCCGCGUGCCGUUGCUAUGCGUCAACGCUGAUGAUGACCCUAUUGUGAAAGAACUUCCCGAUAAUGAAGUGAAACAGAAUGAUGCUGGAUGGGUCACACUAGUCGUUACGAAGGGCGGUGGCCACUUGGGAUGGUUCGAGAAGGACGCAAAGAGGAGGUGGAUCACAAAGCCGGUUGUUGAAUGGUUGAAGGCUAUUAACGAGGAAGUGGUUUGGGAGGACGCCCCGAGUGCUUUGGAGGUGUCGUUGGAGAAGGUGAUCUCGAGUACCAGUGCUUCGUCGAGUGAUGGUGAUCGUACGGCAAUCGAGGCUGGGUUGACUGCCAGUCCCGGCUCAAGCGGGAUGUCAACUCCGUUGAGCCCUAGUCCCACGCUGAAUGGAGUUUCUACGCCAGCUGUACCUUCGAGCGGAGAGGAGAGGGGUAGCAAGUUCGUCAUGGCAUUGCCUGAUAACCAUCUCAUUGGAUAUAGGGUAUUAGCCACAGGGCUUGACCCUGAUCACACUACUAUCCCCGGUGGGUACGCGGGUUUGUAA